GGGGGGAGCGGGUGGGAACCAGGAGUUCUCCGAACCUUAACGCGGGAUGUCCGGACUGGAGAAGUGUGAGGAGGGGGCUACACUGGGAGCCCGCUGACAUUACUGAGGCACCAUGAGCUCUGAGGGAGGGGCCGUCCCCUGGGAGGACGCAGAGCUUUUCUACAACUUAUCUGCUCCUCGUUGGCCAGUCAGAAUGGAGAACGACACCUGGGACAAUUCAACAAGUCUUCCUGCCCAACCACCCAAUAACACUGGAGAGGUUACAAGCAAGUAUCAGACAAUGGAGAUGAUCUUCAUUGCCACAGUGACGGGUUCUCUCAGCUUGGUCACCGUCGUGGGUAACAUCUUGGUGAUGCUCUCCAUCAAGGUCAACCGCCAGUUACAGACAGUCAACAAUUAUUUUCUCUUCAGCCUGGCCUGCGCCGACCUCAUCAUUGGUGUAUUCUCCAUGAAUCUCUACUCAGUCUACAUUAUAAAGGGCUACUGGCCACUCGGACCCAUUGUGUGUGACCUGUGGUUGGCUUUGGACUAUGUGGUCAGUAAUGCCUCAGUCAUGAACCUUCUGAUCAUCAGCUUUGAUCGAUAUUUCUGCGUUACCAAACCCUUGACCUAUCCAGCUCGAAGAACCACCAAGAUGGCAGGGUUGAUGAUUGCGGCAGCCUGGCUUCUUUCCUUUGCACUCUGGGCACCCGCCAUCCUGUUUUGGCAGUUCAUUGUAGGUGAGAGGACAGUGGAAGACAGGGAGUGCUACAUUCAGUUUCUCUCCAACCCUGCAGUUACUUUUGGGACAGCCAUCGCUGCCUUCUAUCUGCCUGUGAUUAUCAUGACCAUUCUAUAUAUCCACAUUUCGUUGGCCAGCAGAAGCAGAGUCCGCAGGCAUUGCCCGGAGACCAAGCCAGAGAAGAAGAGCAAACCGAUAAGCUCUAUGAAGAGCCCUCUCAUCAAGCAGACAAAGAACCUUCCAAAAUCCGAGUCGCUGGAAGGAAAGAUGGAAGGGGAGAAUGGGGUGAAAAAUGGCAAACUUGAGAAGUCAUUGACCAACCUUCAAUCGGUGGAAGACAAAGAGACCUCAAAUGAAUCAAGUUCGGCUAGCAUGAUCAAUAACCCUCAGGAGAAGCAAGUGAAUGAUCCAUCUUCUGGUGUCGUCUUGGCUCCCACUCAAAGCUUGCAACAAUUGCAUCCAAGGGUUGGUGCGGCUUCGAAGUGGUCCAAAAUAAAAAUUGUGACCAAGCAGACGGGCAAUGAAUGUGUGACAGCUAUUGAGAUUGUUCCCGAAUGUUCAAUACCUCUACACAAAGACUCAACCCUGCCCAACACUCGUCCAGCCAAUGUAGCAAGGAAAUUUGCCAGUAUAGCUCGCAAUCAAGUGAGAAAAAAAAGACAGAUGGCUGCUAGGGAGAAGAAAGUCACCAGGACCAUCUUUGCUAUACUGCUGGCUUUCAUUCUCACCUGGACGCCUUACAACGUCAUGGUUCUCAUAAACACUUUCUGCGAAACGUGUAUCCCUGAAACUGUGUGGUAUAUAGGCUACUGGCUCUGCUAUGUGAACAGUACAAUAAACCCAGCAUGUUAUGCGUUGUGUAACGCCACCUUUAAAAAGACAUUCAAACAUCUGCUCAUGUGUCAGUACAAGAACAUCGGCAUGGCCAGAUAGGCUUAAAAAGUAAACCAUGGCUGGGGGAUAGAAGAAAUGUGACAAUAUUGAAAGACUUAAGAGCAUGCCCUGGGCUACAAAAACAUCCUCAGACAUUCUUGGAAGCCCUGAUUUUGGCCAGAAAGAUUGCAAGUACAUAAGUCAAAUGUAGUCAACAUGGUUUUAAGAAACAAGUCCUGUUUUGAAGGAUAAGUAAAAAGUGAAGCAGCAGUCUUGUCAAGUCCAUCUAUGAUGGACACCUUUGAGUCAAUGGAAUUCAUAUUAUAAAGAACCACACUCAACCUUGGGAUCUAUUCAAAUUUAUUAUACAGCUGCUCAAAACGUUUCUUUUUCUUUUUUUUGCAAAGAUUCCACGUGUAAUGCUGCCUCAAUCCUGCGGAGCACUAAUCUGCCGGGGUGGCUUCUUAAUGCUCUCCUAGAUAUAGACAGAAUAUUGAUUACUGGUUUCUCACAAACUGUUUUACAGCUGUAGCCUUACCAAGAAUCUCCCUUUGGACCAUUUAAUCUGCUCAUUUUUGAAGGCCAUUAUUACUCAAACCCUUGGUGUGACAUCUGGCAGCUUCAAUCUUCAAUGAUCCUUGCCCUGUUCUAGAGAUAUAAUGUUACUGUCCAUGAGUCUCCACUACUUGUAGAUAAGUCUUUGGGUUGGUCUGAUCUGUUUGUACGAAAACUGUGUCCAGAGCUUGUUGCAUGUUCACACUCUGUUCACUGCUAUGGGAGUCCCGAAAACAGCCAAGAGCUGGGUUGGCUAUUUACGUCAGUCCCAUGGUGGUGAAUGGACGAGUGGUGAUGCAUGCGCUUUCUAUUCAAUGCUAUGGGACUUGGAAAAUAGCCACAACAUGCUCGCGCAACUAUUUUUGGAACUCCGAUAAUGAUGAAUGGAGAGCACACUGCGCAUGCGCUGUGUGCUGUACUUUACUUCGGGGCCCCGUUCUGGAGAUAGAAGUGGGUUCCAGAGGUGGGACCUACACCUAUCUGAUAUCAUCAAUGUCCCAGAUGGGCCAACCCCUUUAAUGCAUAUAUUUCGAUUCCAUAUUUAUGCCACCCAACCUAGACUAGGGUACCUUGAUGAUACACCAAGACAAGAAGACAUUGCCAUUACUAGAUGUCAAUGCCACUUCAAGUGACAUUUCAAAUGGCACCACUAAGCAUUCAGAUGUAGCUUGGUGCUCGGUGUCCACCAUGUAGCCACCCGCUGGUGCAUAAACAGGUCUUUCAGAUGACUUGGGGUUACUAUAUAUUUGUGAGCACAAAGAUGAACUUUCAGUAAUUUUUUUACAGAUUGUUACUUAUAUGAUAUUUUUAUUUCUGCAUGAUCCCAACAAAUGGCGGUAAACCCUUCUGUGCCAUGGGGCCUUCUAGGAAGACUAAGGAUGGUCAGUUGGCAGUGGAAAAGCUAUGCGACCUGUCCUGUGUUCUAAAGGAGUUUUGCCUAUGCCAUGUGACCAAUGAACGUGAUGUCACAUGGUCUAGGGGCGCUAUUGCAAGCUCCGAUGUCUUAAACAGCUGAUCAGGGGAGGUCCCAGGUAUCAGACUCCUCCCAUCAGAUACUGAUGGCCUAUCCAGGGGAUAGCUCAUCAGUAAAAAAAAGUAUUGGAAAACCCCUUUAAAGGGUUUUUUCCAGGAUUAUGGCUAGCCCCCAGAAUGUGUGUUACCUACGGUAAUUAAAAAAACACAUUUGUACCUGCUCCCCAACAGCCCUUUUGACAAUCUUCUUGCCCCCAGUCUGUGAACUUCCAUCUAGGGUAUAGACAGGGGUCACGUGCGUUGAUGCAGCCAAUGACUGGCCACAGCAGUGAUGUCUUCUUGAAUGGCACGUGGCCCAGCAGCAAGGUGCCACUUGGGGACACAUCAUCGCUGUAAGCAGUCAUUGGCUACAGCUAUGCACGUGACCUUGUCCAUAGUCCAUCUGGAAGUUAACAUGGCAGGGACCAGAAGAUUGCUGAAUGCAGCCAGGGCGCCGGAACGGAGCAGCGGGAAGCAGGUAUGUAUGAUUUUUCCAUUAGGUACCACACGCUCUGGAGAUAGUUAAAAAGGACCAUAAUCCUGGAAAACCUCACUAUUAUCAUACAGUAUACCCCAGGGAUGCCCAACCUGCGGUGGCCCUCCAGCUGUUUGAAAACUACAACUCCCAGAAUGCCCGGACAGCCUACAGCAGGGCAUGAUAGGCGUUGUAGUUUUACAACAGCUGGAGGGACGUAGGUUGAUCAUCCCUGGUCUACCCUAUCCAGUUACACAGGGUGAGCAGUUAGUGUACCACCUUGUGGCAGGUCAUAGUCACUACAAGCUGCCAAGGGCAGGUGAGGUGGAAUCUGUUUUAUAAACCUGUCCAUGAGGGUCUUAAAGGGACACUAAAGUUAAAGUCCAUCUUAUCUCCAGGUGCUGUGCAGUUGACACCAAUCUAUUGCUCAACAUAAAGAGACAUUUUGGGCUGAGCAAAGGAUGACAUGGAGCUGACUGACAGGAAGUCCAGAAAAAUGUCUGCCCCCAGGAUCAGUACUUUAUCUCCUAUAUCUCCAGGUCUAAGAACUUCAGGAGACAUUUACAUACAUAACUCUACGUACUUCAUGCAGCUUUAAUGAUAAGCUAUACUUUUAUAAGCUUUGUACUUUACAUUUAGUGUCCCUUUAAGCAGCGUGCCUGUCACUUGCACAUAGUAGUGGGGUCAAUAGGCAGUCACAGUCUCCAUGAGGUUGCCUACUAUGUGGGUUGGCACCAUCCAGGGCAUGCCUGGUGUCCGCUAUGUCGCCGCCAGGUCAGACGAUUUUGAGUGAUGAUAUAUUUGUGUGCACUUUAAGCGACGUCCGGUACUUUUCCAUUCAUUUUCUAUCAGGUCGUUGAAGAUAUUAUUUUUCUGUAUCCAUGGGUAAUCUUUGUAUAACUUCUGACAGAGUUUAUAUUGCUAUGUAUAGUUCUAAACUGAACAGUAUCCAUUACAUGCAUGAGACUGACGCUGAAAAACAAGACAACGUUAUCGCAACGAGACGCCAAAGCGUGGACUUGGAGCCUGGACGGCUGGACUGUAGACUUCAAAUGUCCCAUCAACAGGGAAAGUGUGCAAUGUAAUGCAAUGCAAAGUGUAUGUGACGCUUACUGGACGGGAUGGCGGCGCGGAUAUAGAGAGCUGUCAGAACGUUCUCUUUAAAUUAUUUUUUGUUACCCCUUAAAAAAUAAAUAAAGAUAUGUGUUAUAUCAGCUAAA